GUUUCUCAUCUAUCUGCCUGUUUGGCACUGGAACAACCAAAACUGUGAGUUUAGCCCCCUGAGCUAAUGAAUAUUCCUUAUGAGAAAGCAGAGGAGUCUGGGUAACUGUUAUUGAUGGCGGGGAGGUCUGUUUCAGCCUGCAGUGUUUAGGUUGGAACGGGCUGGACAUGGGAAACGACAUACUUAAAGUAAAUGUAUUAAAACACUCCAAUUCUAGUGGUUUAAACCUGGGUAGCCAAGCUCUAUCAAUGAUCAGAAGCACUGAUGUACUGGAAAAGUUAGUUGCUCGGUUAGGCUAGUGGCUAGUAAGGCUAGUGGCUAGUAAGGCUAGUAGCUAGUAAGGCUAGUGGUUUGGUUGGAGGAAGGAAGAGAGUCACAGAGGAAUUUUCUCUGUGAGUGAACAGAAGCAUGUCCUUGUUUAGGUUGGAGAGGAUAUCGCACAGGCCCCUCUCUCUCUCUCUCUCUCUCCCUGCCAGCCCCGAACUGUAACAGAUGUUUAACCACCACUUCUUUCAUAUCGAAGUCAGUGUGUGUGUUCAGGCAUGCGUAGGACAGACACUAUACGGCACACCACGGUUUAGCUUUUCACACUAACCAGAGGUGGAACCAUGGACUCUCUUAUUAAAUCGCCUCUCCUUUUCUUUUCCUCCUCCUCCUCCUGUACAUUACACUUUUUGAAAAUUGAAAAUCAGCCCCCUCACCCACUUUUAUUAAGAAAUUCCAUUUGACAGUUAUUAAAAAUAAGUGUCCCACCCACAUUCAAAAACAAAACUACGCCUCUGACAUACACACGCACACCACACACACACUCUCUCAACUCUGGGCCAAACGCCUUUGUGGCCUGUGCCUUUGGUUGUGGACCCUGUGAAGCAUUCUGAGCUGUGCGGUGUCCUGCUGCAGGUUUACCUGAAGGCUCCUAUGAUCCUGAACGGAGUGUGCGUCAUCUGGCGGGGCUGGAUUGACCUGCAGCGGCUGGACGGGAUGGGCUGUCUGGAGUACGACGACGAGAGAGCACAGCAUGAGGAUGCCCUGGCCCAGGCCGCGUUUGAGGAGGCCCGGAGGAGAACCAGAGACUUUGAGGACCGGGACCGCUCUCACCGGGAGGACCUGGAGAAGGCAGCACGACAGCUCUGGCUCCAACAUGGCCAACGCUGAUGACCACAAGAUGCGCUAAGAUCGAGGGGAGGAAGGGGGAGAAGGUGCGUCAGGGGUCAGGGACAUUGGGGUGUGUUCAGAAGAGUCAACUGAUUAAAGGUUUGUAGAUGGCGACUCUCCUGAACACACAUGGUAAUAGUCCCUGGCCUAACAUCCCCCCCCACCCCAUACUGCUUCCUGGCUGUCACCUGGAGAGACCAAAGUCUAAAUUACGGGGGUGGGUAGGGGUGGGGGGUAGUUUUGUUGUGUAUUUGUUUCGUUUUUUAAGGUGAUCAAUCCAAAUUUGUCUUCCAGGGGGGUUUGCACUAUGUGAUCAAUUCAGUUUAGUGCCCACGUUGUCUGUUUGCAUGAACUGAAGCGCCAAGCUAGCUUAACUGUUGCUCCCCUAUGCAAGCAGCAUCCACAGCUCUCUUCUUCUAUAGUGCUUUGAGGUCAGGGAUAACUGGGCCAUACCAUGUCCACGAGCAGAGAGGGGGUCACGAAGAAGGGAUUGCGUAAUGUAGUGCAUUUUUGUAUUAUCCAUAAGUUUAGUCCUUGUAGACAUCCAUGUAGUCUUUUUAAAUUUUGUACUCUGUGUUUCUAACCUCUCAAACAAGUAUCCAUUUUGUUCUAUUUUUAUUAUAUUUUACUUCAAUCCAACCUUAUAUCAACAGUCAACACACCAGAGAUGUAAGUGUACAAUUACUAGCCUUUGAGUUUCGGAAAUUGCAACAUCAGAUGAAUCACCCCGUUCAUUCUUACCAAUGACGCACUGUAAAAUGUAUUUGGCACUAUUGUAAUUGUAUGGAUUGUUUGUGUAAAAGUCAUCAUGUUUACUUUUGUAUGACCUGUCUCUACUGGGUGCAGAUACAAAUGUACACGGUUGUGCUCUUCCUGGGGACAGGAGUCACUUGAGGCAGACAGACUCUUUUCUUUGUUGGUUUGUCUGCAUCCACAUAUGGUCACAGAGCACCGCACACAACUACAGAUGUAACGGUUUGCUUGUUAAGAUUAGUCCCCAGUUAUGUGUCAGCAGAAGAAAAAUCCUCGCUUUAGUCUUGUUAACUCAACCUGUGUUGUAGCUGAAUGAUCAUCAAGUUAAUCAGUAUUUGAUUACUUGGGUCUGGGAUCAGUUUAGAAAAGGGGGGCGAGUAUCUGUUAGGAAUACUAACAGGAGUUGGAUGUAGUUACUGCAGGAGUUGGGCGUAGUUACUGCGGUCCAUUUACAACAUCAGCCCUGUUUUGACUGUAGUUGGAGGUGGAGAUGGUGAGAUGGGGAGAAGGUGGAGGAGGUAACUAUAAUAGUUAUGGAGUGGUAGCAGUAGCCAGCAGGUGGUUGGGUGUUGAGCAGGUCAGGGAUGGAGAUGUAGGGGAGGGGGAUGGAAGCAGCAGGUGACUUCAGAGAGGAACAGGGUGGAGAUGGGGAAGGGAGGGGUGAGGCAGGGCAAGUCGAUUCUGGAAAGGUGGUGAGUCAUUGUGAAGGAGACCGGAAGGUUAAGUUAUUGAUCUCAAACAGCAUGUGGUAUCAGACAUUUGUGAGUGAGUUGCAUACAAGUUAGACACCUAUCAGUGGUAAAGUCACCCUGACCAGAACCAAAUUAGUAACCGUCCUUUUGUACGUGUUCUCAUUCCUGGUGUCCUGUGCCCUGUAGUUUCAAGGGCUGAGCUGUGUGCUCUCUGGUACUCUAGCUUUGUUCAUAUUUAUUGGUCUCUCCAUAUUUAAGUGGUACCAUUAACUUCCUUCUGUAUACUACUUUAUCCGUGUAGCCAAUCUAGAGGCCUAUGCUAUCCAUGUACUUCCUGUUUCCUUACUGUAGCUAGUGCCCAUUGCCUUCCCUUCUCUUAAUGCUGGCAUUAAGGCGAGUUACACACCCAAUGCAUGUUUGCUACACAUUUCAUUUUUUUAAUUAAAUGGUUUAUUUUCUUAUUUGUUUAAGUUAUUGAUACAGGUUGACACUUUCUAUAGUUUUCAUUUGACUAUGAAGAAUUAUGUGUUUCUGUUUGACCGCCUGCCUCAGAGAUUUUCCAGGAUAUCUUGAGUUUUUCUUUUUCUCUGUUUUACGGUUUUGCUUUUAUUUCAAAAUGGGGGAUUACAAUCUGAAAUGUUAUAUUUUACAUUUUGCAGCAUAAACUUGUAAGAAUCCUUGUA